GAUGGAAAUAGUCUGGGAGGUGCUUUUUCUUCUUCAAGCCAAUUUCAUCGUCUGCAUAUCAGCUCAACAGAAUUCACCAAAAAUCCAUGAAGGCUGGUGGGCAUACAAGGAGGUGGUCCAGGGAAGCUUUGUCCCAGUUCCUUCUUUCUGGGGAUUGGUGAACUCAGCUUGGAAUCUUUGCUCUGUGGGGAAACGGCAGUCGCCAAUCAAUAUAGAGACUAGUCACAUGAUCUUUGACCCCUUUCUGACGCCCCUUCGCAUCAACACUGGGGGCAGGAAGGUCAGUGGGACCAUGUACAACACUGGAAGACAUGUGUCCCUGCGCCUGGACAAGGAGCACUUGGUCAACGUAUCAGGAGGGCCUAUGACAUACAGCCACCGGCUGGAGGAGGUCCGGCUACACUUUGGGAGUGAGGAUAGCCAAGGGUCAGAGCACCUCCUCAACGGACAAGCCUUCUCUGGGGAGGUGCAGCUCAUCCACUAUAACCACGAGUUAUAUACCAAUGUCACAGAAGCUGCAAAGAGCCCAAAUGGAUUGGUGGUAGUUUCUAUAUUUAUAAAAGUUUCUGAUUCAUCAAACCCAUUUCUUAAUCGAAUGCUCAACAGAGACACUAUCACAAGGAUAACAUAUAAAAAUGAUGCAUAUUUACUACAGGGACUUAAUAUAGAGGAACUAUAUCCAGAGACCUCUAGUUUCAUUACUUAUGAUGGGUCAAUGACUAUCCCACCCUGCUAUGAGACGGCAAGUUGGAUAAUAAUGAACAAACCUGUCUAUAUAACCAGGAUGCAGAUGCAUUCCUUACGCCUGCUCAGCCAGAAUCAACCAUCUCAGAUCUUUCUGAGCAUGAGUGACAACUUCAGGCCUGUCCAGCCACUCAACAACCGCUGCAUCCGCACCAACAUCAACUUCAGUUUACAGGGGAAGGACUGUCCAAACAACCGGGCCCAGAAGCUUCAGUAUAGAGUAAAUGAAUGGCUCCUCAAAUAG